GGAGAGGGCUGCGCGUCUCAUACGUGCAUCCUCUUUCCUGUUCCUGGAGCCGGAGGGCUACAUUAGUAGCAUGGUGUGGCGUGGAUUUGCGUGGUGGUUUUGAGACGCUGGCUGUCGAGCUUUCGCUAUUUCCUGUUAUCAGCAGAGUCGGGCCGUAUUCUGGCUGAAGGCUGGGAGCCGGGCGUAAUAAUUCACGCGCUGCAUUGAAUUCCUGAGUGAUCGAGCUGCAUUUUUCUGCGGCUGUCUCCCCUGUUGCCUGACAAGCUGUGGCUUCACUGACUGGCGGCUCUUCCUCCUGAAGCGGGCUACUGCUGUUCUGUCUGCGGUUCAUCGCGGCAAGCUCUCUGCUCAUCGGCAGCUGUUUUAUUGUUUGUUGUAUGAUGUUUAAAAAAAAAAAAAAAAAAAAGAACAACGAUCUUGGUGUGCGCGUGCCUCUUGCCCAGCACGCCUGGAGCUGUUGGGCCAGGUGGCUGGUGGCUGACUGGUUCCCCCGGCGGUGGUGGUCCCUUCACUCCCUGUACAGUAGUGCACUUGGGUGUCCGUCAGUGGUUUUGUUUUGUUCACGUGUGGUGUGGUACUUCAGGAUCCUUCUCCCCUUCAGUUAGUCAUCUCUUCCUGGUAAGCCCUCAGCCCUGUGCCUGGCGACGGUGUUUCAGUGGCAAACUUAAUUAAGUCAGGGGGGCCCCUGGGGGAUUAGAUUAAUACUGUGCCACUUACUACCGAAUUAUGUCUUGGCAUCGCCACCAAGGUUUGUUUUAGAAAGAGUGUACAUUUUUAAAUAUUGUUAAUAAAUUUCAUUUUUCUAUACUUAAAGUGGAAUCGCAUCAGUCUCCGGUGUCUUUCGCACCUGUGUGACCUUUCUUGUGGUCUGUAUUGGAGUGGUGGUCCUCCCUAAAUAGAUCUCGUGGGUGUGAAACUACCCCAGGUGGCGUUGUCGGACACGUGAUAAAUAGCAAACAUCUAACCCUCGUAGCCUUGCCACACGAUGCUGGUGUGACCACAGUGCACACGUCUGAUGUUGCUCACAGUGGUCCAAGGGACGCUCAGGGAGUUUGUUUGCUCAGACUCAUGAAAAUUUAGAGGGAACAUUGCCCUUGGGUAUGGUUAUAUCCAUCUUUCUGAAAUGGAAAGAAGAUGGUUCAUGCAUAAAUCAGGCCACUGAAGCAGAAAGAGUGGAGUGAUUGAGGCCACCAAGACACCGAUGACUCCUCUGAAGGGUGAGAUGGGAGAGACUGCAUACUAAUUGCUUCCCCAAGUGAAGGAGAUCAAGCAUCUUGACACCUUGUUCACGAGUGAUGGGGAAAAUGGAGGUAGAGAUGGAUGGGAGGAUUGGUGCAGUUGUGGUGAAGAGGGAGCUGAACCUCAAGGAGAAGCUCUCAGUUUACCAUCCAUCUACGUUCCAACCCUCACCUAUGGUCAUGAGCACUGGGUAGUGACCAAAGGCACAAGAUCACGGAUACAAGCAUCUGAAAUGAGCUUCCUCCGUAGGGUGGCUGGGCUCAGUCUUAGAGAUAAGGGGAGAAGCUCAGACAUCUGGAGGGAGCUCGGAGUAGAACUGCUGAUCCUUCACCUCUAAAGGAACCAGCUGAGGUGGUUUGGACAUCUGAUUCAGAUCCUCCAGGGAGACUUCCUUUGGAGGUUUUCUGAACACGUCCACCUGGGAGGAGACCCUGAGGUAGACCCAGAACCCUCUGGAGGGAUUGUAUAUCUUAUCUGGCCUGGGAACACCUCAGGAUCCCCCAGGAAGAGCUGGAAAGUGUUGCUGGGAGGAGGAAUGUCUGGAUUGACCUGCUUCAUCUGCUGCCUCCAUGACCCGACCCUGGAUAAGAGGAAGAGGAUGGAUGGAUGGAUGCAUGGAUGUAUGGACGGACAGACGGAUGUGCAUACUAUAUCUGUUCCAUUUUCUUCAAAAGUCAAAGCUUCAUGCGAGAGUAGUAAAUAGAACUAGAGCCGACUAGAGUUUGCCUGAGGACACGUGGUAGUCAACGGGAUGAGAGUUCUUUGAUCUGAUGGUCAGACUAGACACUAGUUUGCGGAUACUGAACACAGCACAUCAUAAUAAACAUACUACUCCCACCGAGAAGCAUGGAGGUGGCAGCAUCGUAAUGUGGACAUAGUUUUCCGUAACAGGUCCUGGAAGGUUUGUAAAAUAGAGAGUAGUUUAAGGAAAUCCUGCAGGACAAUGUGAUGAGCAAAGGUUUGUUAUUCAGCAAGACAAUGAUCGGAAGCUCGCAGUAAAAAUGGUUUAAAGACAAGGUGAAUGUUCUGGAUUUGCUGAGACAAAGAUCAGGCCUCAGUCAAACUGACAGUUUGUCCCUGGACUUGAAAAGAGAUAUAUGAUCCCUGUGCAACCUGGUAAAGCUUGAGCAGUUUCAUAAAAAUGGGGUAAAAUUUUGUUUCCAAGAUGUGCAAGACUGAUGGAGACCUAUCCACACAAUUUUAUUGUCAUUUUUGGUCAAAAAGGUAAAUAAUAUUGACCAUGAUCCAAUGCUGAAAACUUCCAAAAGGUGAAUACUUCUUUAGGCGCUGUAGAUUAACGGAGCAGGUUUUGACUCUGGGUUCAUUUAGUUUGUUUGUGAAUUCAAGACACAUUCAGUUGUGUAUCUGUUUCAUUACAGAGUUAUGUAGAGAAGAAAGGACUUUAGCCCUUUUAAAAAAAAUCCAGUUCCUUGUUGUGUGAUGUGAUAUUUUAGAGAAGGGAAUCCCGUUUCCAGCUUUUAACAUGCAGACUACUACGUGCAAACAGCAGGUAGUAAUACGCUGGUGAACAACAACACAUGCCAGAUGCUCACCUGUCUCUGUUGUUGUUUUGGCUUUCUAGAAGCUGAAAGGCAUUAUGGGAGAUUUUAGGGGGGUAGGACUACACUCAGCACAGUCAGCCAAGUGCUAAUUCCUCAACACACACACACACACACACACACACACACACACACGCAUCCACAUAUGGGGAGUGGAAGACAGAACAGCUUUAGUGAGGAUUUGCUGUGCAUUAACCCUGAGAAGGAACAGAGAGCCAGCUGGAUUACAAGGAAGACGGAGCUGCAGAGACGCGCACAAAAAAUUAGGCAGUUUUACUUUGAAUGAAGCAAAUGUGAAGCAAAGGAAACACCAAAUGUAGCAGCGCCUUUAAAGUGAGGUGAAGGUUGGAGUAGGUGUUCUCAGGGCAGCAGCUAAUGACUCCAAAGAAUAACACAAAAAGAAGAAAAAUAAUUUUAAAAAGUGCAGCGUAUUCUGUAAGACGUCAACCUGAGAAAGGUUCACCGAGGGCGGUGCAGGAGCAGAAUGGGGCAUCCCAAUGUGCCUCUUACCCACAAAUAUGUAUGUUCCCACAGGGAUAAACAGAGAUCCAGCGACCUGCAAGCCUUCACAGCCAACGAUAACUUGAACCUUGCAUUAGGUGCCAUCAGAGUCCUGGGCAUGGAGCUGAUAGAAGAUGAACUGAAACCCCAUCUGAACACAGUGCUGACCACCAUUAAGGAGAAGAAGAGAGGCGCUGCUGAGCAGGUAGUGGUCAGUGGGGUCCUUCCAAUCCUGGCCCUGUCGCUGAGGAGCAGAGGGCCUCUGGGUCUGCUGACUGCAAAACUGGUGGCUGAACUCGCCAAGGAAUCUGUGAUUCGUAAGGGUUUUGGAGACUCAGGUUUGGUUUCGGCUUUGUUGUCAGUGCUGACCAGUACAGACCAGGAGCUGCUGCUGAAUGCUGUGAGGGCCAUCUCCCGGAUGUCUUACGACAGCUCGAAGCAGCAGGAGCUGCUGCUCCGUCGAGGCGCUGUGCCUCGCCUCGUUGCCAUCCUGCUCCGGUUUCCUGAUCGGGAGGCCCUGGAGGAGGCGAGCCUGCAGGCGCUCUGUAACCUCAGCGGCGUCGGAGUAGCCGAGGAGGCCGGGAUGGUGUGGGAGAGGGGGGUGUCGGUGAGGCCGGAGGAGUCGGUGUUUCAUGGCGUUUCUCCUCACACCUGCGGUUUUGCUUCUUCUGUGACUCUGGUUCGAGUCCGACAGUGGGGACCGGGUCAGUACGCCAUCAACAUCGAGGUGUUCCAGCGCUGCUCCUCCUCCUUCUGGAACCUCCACGGGAACAAACGGAGCCCUCGCUGGUUCCCCUUCCCUGGUUUGGGAAGCUGCUCCAAUCUGUACAAAGUGAUCAAGUUCUCUACGAGGAACGUUCCUCGGACCAAGAGUCUGAAGAUUCGAGUGUUCCACACUUUCCUCUGAUGGCUUGAAAACUGCAAACAUGGUGGCUUGAACUAACUGGACUACAAACCCUGAGUGGUUUACUACAACCUUUGUUUACUCCAUCAAAACAUCAGGUUCUUUUUCACACCACAAACCUGGAUGGCUCUUUCUGCUUUCAUUUUUCAGUCUAGUUUCAAAGUUAGAUCAGAGAAACUGACUUUUACAACUAGAGGCUGGAGGUUGCAGCUGUUAUAUUUAUUUUUAUAUCUGACUCUGUGCUACACAACAAUAACUAAAUCAGGGAUAAGGGAAAUACCACAAAGUUACCUAAACAUGAUGACGUCUUUGCUGCUUAUUUGUUCACAAGUGCUUGAAAUAAUUUCAAAUUACAAUUCAAGGCAGCAAUAUUGAGUGUUUUAUUAUCUACAUUAGAAGUUUCUAUUUUUGAGUUUUACCUGACAUUAAUUUUGUAUUAUUUGGACCUUCUAGACACUGACUUUAACUAAAAUACAUUUAUAGGUGGAGUCUGUGGUUCUGGAGAGAAUUUUUCUGAUAUUUAGUGAACAGAUUUACUUUCCCUUCAGUCUUCUCUCUUUCCUCUUUCCUUUGUCCUCGGUUGUGUGCAUGAGCAUGAACAUGGAUGGACUUAUACACUGAUCAGGAUAACAUUCUGAUCACUGACAGGUGGAGUGAAUAACACUGAUUACCUCUUCAUCAUGGCUCCUGUUAGUGGAUUGGAUCUAUCAGGCAGCAAGUGGACAUUGUGUCCUCAAAGUUGAUGUUAGAAGCAGGAAAAAUGGGAAAGUCAUCCGACGUGUGAUGACGUGUCCUUUUUUAUCAGCUCUGAGGAAGACUGCGGAUGCAGUCGAAACAUGUCAGCAAGGUAAAACCAUACUUUCCUUAUUUAGUUGUCGGUUUAAAAGUAACGCUAUUCUAUAGUAAGGAAUGACAAAAUGAACAUAAUCCAACUGUGCAUUUGUAGCAGUUGUGUGUUCUUCCUUGGACUGUGUGAAGAACAUUCAGUAAUUGGUACCAACCAGCAGUUUAUCCUGGCAACACAAACUCAGAGCAGGUGUCUUAGUGGUCAUAAACCCCAGAAAUUACUGAAAAGAAGUAGAUCAGUUAACCGUCUUUAAGAUUUCUUAAAAGCUACAGUCACUGACAACAUGCUUUGCUCACCAGUUACUUAACAAUAUGCCAUCGUUCUCACAAAAGAGCAAAACCUUACUUCAGGUUUUCAACUGAGCUUUUUUUUUUUUUAUUAUCAUUCAACCUACCAGUGGGACAGGACGCACAAUCUUAGUUGGAAAUCACCAAUAAUAUUCUAUUAACAAGGCAAAUAAUGGUAUUUAAUGGCAAUCGAUGGCAAAUGGAACCAUAAACUGCAGUUAUUCAGGGCUGCUCAGACUUAGUUCACCUAGUCAGUAAUAUCUGUAUAUUUCUUAUUUACGGAACCAAAGCUAUGUAUGAAAAUAUUUUUUUUGUGCACACCAAACAGAUAUCUGGUAGACUGUAACAAUAAAUUCCUUGAACUGCGUUAGAAUCGCAUACUCCACCUUUAAACCCUGUACCUGCCAGUACUGCAGUCAGACAAGGUAACUGUCCUUAGAAUUAUGCUUUACAUUAAUUAACACAAAUAACUACUGUGGUGAAGUUUGUAAGUAUCAGAGCAUCGUCAGAGUCCUGCUAGCUGCAUUAUUUUACACUGUUUAUACUCAUGCAUGCACAGUUUGAUUUGAAGAUACACACCUUUUCUAAAGCAAUAAACACAGAAGACAUUUUA